GAUGCGCUCCAGCUCUCAGCCAUUGGUCGGAUUGAGCGCGUGCAAGACAAACCUUGUGAGAGAGAAUCCAGUUUGAGUUCACCAUGGCUUCAAAGUGUCCUAAAUGCGAAAAGACUGUGUAUUUUGCUGAGAAGGUGUCGUCACUGGGGAAGGACUGGCACAAGUUCUGUCUGAAGUGCGAGCGCUGCAGUAAGACCCUGACAGCGGGUGGCCAUGCUGAGCAUGAUGGGAAACCAUACUGCCACAAGCCAUGCUAUGCUGCCCUCUUUGGUCCAAAAGGUGUGAACAUUGGAGGUGCAGGAUCAUAUGUGUACGAAAAUCCCGCCAACAAUUCCCCGCCCGUAUCUACCGUGGACUCCACACCCAAACCUCAGGAGAAAUGGGUCCCAGCAUCUGCUAAGGUGCCAUCUAAAGCUGGAAGCAUCACCACCUUCUCUGGGGAAGCAAACCUGUGUCCCAGAUGCAACAAGAAGGUCUAUUUUGCUGAGAAGGUGACAUCAUUGGGGAAGGACUGGCAUCGCCCAUGCCUGCGCUGUGAAAGAUGUAAAAAGACCCUGGCAGCAGGCAGCCACGCAGAGCACAAUGGUCAGCCCUACUGCCAUAAGCCGUGUUAUGCUGUCCUCUUCGGCCCAAAAGGUGUAAACACUGGUGGGGUUGGCAGCUACAUUUACGACAAGGAGCCCAACACUGAGGCUCAGCCUUGAUUUUCAGUCUUUGGGAAGCCCAACUACAUUAUAACAACAGCCACUACCAGUACCUCACGCACUUUCACAUAUUGCCCCACUUCUGGCCUUAUCACGGAUCUUUCUGCAGAAAAGUGACGCCACUUGCUACAACCAUGCCUUCAGCUCCAACUGCACCACUGACAGUAACUUGGGCUCUUCUUAUUGGUCCACUCGAUAGUCCUCUACCCCAAUUGUCCGCAACAAGAGGAAAAUUUGAGCUUCAUGAUAUACACACACUGGUCAACAUGUUCGUUUCCGACUGAUCAUUUCACUAUCUUUGUGUGUGUAGUUGCAUAUAUCGCCCCUACAAAGGACAAAACCAAGACCCCACUUUCACAAUACUGCAUGUACAGUAGUAUGUGUGUGUCAUGUGUGUUCUAGCAGAUAAAACGACAGAAGUUCACUUGGGGAGCUUUGUUUUUGCAGAGGAGAUAUGUUUGAAUAUCCUGCUGACAGAGAGCAGAAUCUCUCCUUAGAGGCUUCGUGCAGAUGCUCAGGAGCACAUCAUCAUAAAUCUUAAAAAAUAUUCUCAAACCCAGAUUUACUUUUUGGCCAUAUGGCAACAUUCCUGAGUUUAGGAAGAGAAGUUCUUCAGGAUGAACACGACAGUUAAGUAAAAUAGCCAAGCUCCUAUUUUUAAGAGGAGGACAGAUCCUGCUCCCGGAGGGCGACCGUCCUGCAGAGUUUAGCUUCGACUCUAAUUAAAUACACCUGAACCAGCUAAUCAAGGUCUUCCAGAUUACUAGAAACUGUAGGCUGGUGUGUUGGGACAGGAUGGAGCUAAAUUCUGCAGGAGCAGCCCUGGACACCCCUGAUUUAUGCGGUAGCUAUAGUGGAAGUCCACAGGGACAGUUGGUGUAUGUGAUUGGUGCUUGUUGACCAAGUAACUUGCAGCUAAUAUUUCUGAUGCCAAUCUAGUACUGUUACAUAACGCAUGGAAAUGGAUUAAGGAAAAGAUUAAUCUUUUGUAUUGUUUGUGAUCUGGAUAUUUAGACGAACCCCAGUUUCUCAAAGUGUUGAAACUGAAGUAUUAUGUUUCCAUUUAGUUUGUAGUAAGUUCGACUACAUUCUUACUGAAUGUGCAUUUUGUACUCUACGACUGUUAUUGUUAUUAUGAUUUUUUCUGUAUCAGGCCUAUUUUCUUUUAAGACCUUUACUAUGCAGAGCCUGCAAGUCAAGUCCUGCUGCUUCUGUGUUUAAUCCCAUAAUAAAGUUUACAUAAUGCUUU